GUUGUCGACAACGAGCCAAGCACCAGCAGUUGCUAUCAAGCGUCAGUUUCUACCCUCAGCACUUUGAUUUGUUUUAUAAAAACGCUCGCGGAAGAAUGUUCCUCUGCCAUCGAACGUUCUUCUGCUAUUACGGGUGUCAGACAGGCUCUCGCACUGGAAAUGGACCUGGUGAUUAACGUCUUUAAGCAUGUGCUGUCUAAUGAAACUGAUCCCGCCGUGCUCUCGGAGUGUAUGGCGGCUUCUGCCGAGUGGAUGGACUCUGUGGUCAUUGAGUCAGUGUUACCUACCCACAGUGAUCUAGUUGACUUACUCUACCGACUAGCACCAACCUCCCCGGCCAUCUACGCAAGUGUUUGCGAUGCACUAACGGAAAUUUUCAACUGUGGACAUUGCGGUUUGGAGGCUAAUAAACGGACGCAGUCCAUGCUUCUGCAUCAACUCUCACUACUUGCCGGUCUUCAAUCAUCCUUUUAUGCGGCGCUUGAAUUGCACUGUGCGAAGGUGGAGGUCGUAGAAGACGAGGAUCUACGCGGUCAGUGCGGAGCAAUGGAGCGCAUUGUUGAGGAGUUGGUUACACACCCAGACCAUGCCGAGGCAUCGGGUACACUGAGUUUCUUCGAGAUGCUGAUGAAAUUCUUUACCACAUCGGGAUGCUACCUUCUGCAUGAGGAGUGCAGUGCUCAGCUAAUGGAAGCCUGGUUUUCCUAUCAAUCAGCACUUCUUGAUCUCACUUCAGUCUCCCCAGAAGCCACCACCAUCACCACUGCUUGUUCGGGCGUCAAACUGGCCUACCAAAUCUAUGACCGCUUCCUCCAGGCUCUUUUUGACAAGAUCUCCUAUCCAAACGAGAAAAACUGGCAGGAACUCAUUGAAAAUGAACUGUGGCACGCUUAUCGGCAGGAUGUUUUGGAUGCUUUUUUAGCAUCUCUAAAUCAUCCGGAGCGGAGAGGCUGGCUUUUGGAAUCAUUCAAUUUCCUCGUCUCCCUUUCUGAUCGGUGGAAAUUUACACCCUCGACGUGGAAUUUGCACCCUUUCGUGCACACCUGUUAUCGCCUGGCGCGUCGACUGCCGGAUCCCGGUGAUCUCGCAGGAGUCUCUGAGAUCGAGAGUCGUCUCCUAGCCUAUACCCUCUUCUGCUUGCGAAUUGACGGCCCAAAGGGCUACGCCGAUAACCCUUCUGCUGUGUCGACUCUCCCUCCUGAUAUUCUUCUCUGGCUCUUUCUUAUCUCCUCCGCUCUGAACGCGGUCUCGGAGUUUCUGCAGAACACGACUCAUCUGACACGUAACGACGCGGAAACGCUUCUCUCUACACUCACCGACGCAGGUGUUCGUCUAACCGCCGUUUCUAAAUGGCGUCAACCUAUGUGUAGCCUACUUCGACGUCGGAUGUUCUACUGCGUAGGUCGGCUGUUCACCUUCGUCAGCGAGGCCACCAGUGUUACGCAGUUUGCCCAGAUCUACCUUUUGCCCCUGGUGACUGAGGCAGAGGGGACUACUCUCGACAAAACGGGUCUAGCAGCACAGCUGGAAGAACUUGCGCAGGCCAAAAAGUAUUUCCAACCUACAGUAGAGAAAUCAAGCUGGGCAACAAUGUGGUCGGAGGAGAUUAAUAAUCGGGCCUUCGGAUGUUCUUCGUCUCAAUUGUUUAAACUACUGACUACGCUCUGUGCCUUUGGUGAAUUCUUCCGGGGCGUUGGUGAAGUCGCGGCCUCCACCAGCCUGGGUUCCUCCUUUUAUACAGAAACAUGCUUGCGUUCGACACGCCAACCUCACGCUCGCGCGUUAGUCCGGUCCCUUGCUCUCCGUAUUUUCAAACUUCUGGAACACUUGGCUGCGUGCAAUCAGACUAUACUCACGGAAAUGUCUGAGAUGAUUACCUGGCUGUGCGACGUUGCACUAUCAGCAGCGAUUUGUCAAACUGACAAACAAGACUUUCCGCCUGUUGAGCCUGAAGCCGAUGGAAAAGUAAAGGGAGAGGCUUCGUCUAAUCUCGAGCUCAUUGUUGCCCUACACGACUUUGUGUGCACCAGUGGCCUCUCACGUGAAGAGAACAUUGCUGAUUGCCUGCCGCUGUGUUGGUUGUUGUUCGAGCGCAUGGUAUCUGCUGGUGUCUGCCCCUGCUCACAUCAGUCUCAGGCCAUCACGUUCGCUGGUCAAGCCGUGAAUGCCAUCAUCUGCCGAAUCUCAAACUAUCUGCUCACUCGGGGAGUCGAACAGAGCCAACAGUUCUACCUCCUAGCACCCCUCCGACUGGCUUCAAUGAUGCACGAACUAACAGGAGAUUUACAGAGGUUUGCCGUAUUUCUGGCUAAACUUAUCUCCUGGAAACUCCCCGCCUGUACCUUUCACCCGAGGCUCGUGGAUGAGACCCCCUUUCUAUCAGCUGCAUCACCGGAAGACACAAAACUAGCAGUCGUCGCGCUUGCCUUUACCUGUCUCUGCUUGCCGGAGGCAGAACCUUUUAAAGCGGGCUCUCAACUUACUACUUCCCUCCUGCCUGACUUGCGGAAAAGAGAGGACCCCAUUCUUUUCACCAAUCUCAACGCCAGCCUCUUGGCUUUCCUGUUACGCGUGCCGAGCCAGAGUAGACGGCAGUACCAAGUGGCCAGCCUCUUUGCCAAGCUAGCCAGUCAUUGCGUGAAGCAGCAGACGGCAGCCUUGCGUGUGGUCCUUGGGCUGACUCCACUGCCACCUGUAGGCGUGGAUCGUGAGAUCAUUAACGAGAUUGCGGCUGUUACCAACACCAAGUUGACGAACGUAGAUCGUGCAGAUCUGGUCUCCACUCUGACAAAAGUGGGCACCCCAUGCAGACUUCUGAGUCGGGCUUUGGACCGUUUCCUAUGCAGAUGUUGA